AUGGGCGCGUGCAACUCGUGCGAGGCGACGGCGGUGGCGGCGGUGACCAGGAGCGCGCCACUUGGAGAGGCGACGGCGGCGAGGGUGGUGCUCGCGGACGGCGAGCUGCAGCGGUACCCCGGGGGCACCCUGGCGUCGCACGCGCUCAAGGCGGCCACAGUUGCCGCUGCCGGCGCGGGCGCGUGCUUCCUCUGCAGCGCGGACGGCCUCCAGCUGGGCGGCGCGGUAGCGGCGGUGGCGCCCGACGAGGAGCUGCAGCCCGGCCAGCUCUACUUCGUGCUCCCCGCGUCGAUGCGGCGGCGGCUGCUGCAGGCGGAGGAGAUGGCCGCGCUCGCCAUCCGCGCCAGCGCCGCGCUGGCGGGCGACCACGACGGCCCGCUCGUGUUCCCGGAUUCGGCGCCCGCUGCCUCGAGGAGCGGCGGGAAGGGGUCCCGGCGGCGCUCGCGGAGGACUCCCAGCCUGGGGCGGGACUUUGUGCCGGACCUCGGCGCCAUUGCCGAGUAG